UUUGUUUUAUCGCUGUUGUUGCCUCUUAGAAAAACGACCGUUAAUUAUUUCGUUAUUACUCAGUUAUGACGUUUCCGGAUGAUGUAAGUCUGACUGUUUAGUUGUAAAGAACAUGAAAACAAUCAUUUUCUUAGUUCUAUUUGGUUAACUCACAGAUUAAUUAUUAUUGAUCUUGAAAUAAUUAAUCAUCGGGGUGAUUGGAGGGAACGCAAACGCAUCAUCUUCUUCAUUUAACUCGAAGAUCCGCAGGUGGGGAACCGAGCUGCACACACACGAGUGUGUCUGGUUUUUAUUUUGCUUUGUGUGUGAAGUAGAGGACAGAAUCCAGAUUCAUAUUCUCAUCUUGUAUUUAUUUACACAUCCGGGUGUCUGCGCGCUCCCACCUCCCCUUUGUGGUGCGUUCAAGCCGCAUGGGAAAUAAUCUCGACAGUAAAAACAAUAACAUGUGGGGGGGGGUUCUCCCUCCUUUGUGUGGUCUCCAAGCAGAAAUAUGCGAUUGUCUUUUCUGGGAAAUAAGUAGAUGACAGUCUGUCACAGCAGAAACACAGACAUCUAAAGAGUGAUACAAGGAAACCGUGAUAAUGCCAUUUAUGACCAAUUUCAGACUCACAAAGAGAAAAACUGUGGCUGAACAUGUGGGUGGAAGACUCUGGGAACAUUUUGUUUUAUAAAACCAAAUUAAGCAGCAUAAAUCCAUCCACAAAAACAAUUUCUACUAAUCAUUUAAACAACGAUUUAACAAUGUAACCUAAAUAACAAGAAAAAAAUUGAGGCACCAAUUUUCAUGGCUCUGCAGUUAUCUCCACUGGCAUGCAGCCUGCCUCCUUUACCUCUCACACAGUCCAGCAAAAACCUCUGACUGUCUCUGGCAUGUUUGGAGGGGACCAAAUUUGUGCUUCUUUAGCUUGCUAGCUGUCAUGUCUCAUAGAUGUUGUUGCACUUUGGCACAUAUUCCAGCUGAAGCCAUAUGCCAGGUGGCUUUCUGCUGGUAUUGAGCUAAAAUAAGAAAGUGAUUCUUUCCCUGUCCAAGCAAAAGUCAAAUCUGAUCCUUUCUGUGUGGUGUUUGCGUGUCCAUUCCAGGCAUUUCGGCUUCCUCCCAUGGUCCAAAAGCAUGUUAGGUUAAAAUGGUGAUUGGAAAUUGGUUGUAAACUGUCUGAAGGCAAGGAUAAGCUCCACCUUCCACAUGACUCUGAAGUGGAUAAGCAGGAUAAGAAUAAAGCAAGGAUGGAUCGUUGACUAAAAAUUCCAAGUAUGGCUUUCCAAAAGGAUCCAAAAGCAUUUAAAGUUUCAAAAGAAAUCUUGUAAAUAUGGAUAUAAAUACUAAUUAGUGGAAAUCACAUUUUAAAAAAUAGUCGAAAAUACUUUGGUAAUCUAAAGUAAACGAAGUACAAAUGUACCAGUAAACAAAGACAAAUAUUUACAAGAUUAAAGUUUACAAAUAAACUUUAAAACAGAGUUGUGCUUUUUAUAAAAUAAGCGUUAUCAAAGGGUGGCUUUAAAGAGAAUGGCAGGCAUUAAAAUCGCGCAAACACACCAUUUUACCUUGAAUUGCGCUCUUAAUCUGGAAUCCAUCUUUCCCAAGGGAGCCUGAAGGCAGCACAGGCAUCUAUUGGUCAGCUGGGCUGUUAAUCAAAGCUCACGCUCCCGCCCACGUGGUGACGUCCUCGUAAAGUAACCAGGCCAGUCCAUUGCGCACACAAAAGGCACAACAAAAGCCCGUGUGGGGAAAAAUGAGAACCGUCAUCACCCAAAGGAGGCAACAAUAAGUUCCCAUCUGGCAGCAUCACCCAUGGACCAGAGCCUGGGACGCCGACAAUCAUUUCUUUAAGUCCAAAAAGCAACAAGAAGUGCAAAAAAACCCCAACAACAACACCUCUCUGUCUCUUCCUCCAGCAAGCAGUUUUCCACCGAGCUGCGCUCUGCUCAGAUCUGAUCCAGGUGGUGAGUACAGCAGCAGCUGAAGCGCCGUUUGCCUAAAAACGGAAAGAAAGCAGCAGCCGAGGUUCUGUGUGCGCUGGAUUCAGAGACAGCGCCAGGCUCAGAAAAACAAACAAUGAAAGCAGACAGCAACACUGUUGCGCCUGAGCUGGCGUCGUGCUCUUUGUUGGGCAUAAACAAAUUUAGAAGAGGAGCAGGAGGAAUUGGGAGGGCUGCAAACGCGUCUAACGGCCAGAUUAACUGCUUUGGAUCGUUUGAUUUUCUCCCGUGGUGUCUGUGUGGAGCGUGCCACACACCCACUCCACAACAACGACGGCUUUUGCUUGCAUCUUCCAGUGUUUCUUCUGUCAGCAAGUCCAGCAGAGCUGCAACUCUUCCAGUGCCAGCCCUGACACCAGCGAGGAGCCCUGCCCCACUGACAUGGUGAAGAUGACCAAGUCUAAGACCUUCCAGGCUUACCUGCCGUCCUGCCACCGCACCUACAGCUGCAUCCACUGCCGAGCACAUCUGGCCAACCACGACGAGCUCAUCUCAAAGUCAUUUCAAGGCAGUCAAGGAAGAGCCUAUCUGUUUAAUUCAGUGGUGAAUGUCGGCUGCGGGCCAGCAGAGGAGCGGGUUCUCCUCACAGGUUUACAUGCUGUGGCUGAUAUCUACUGUGAAAACUGUAAAACCACCCUUGGCUGGAAAUAUGAGCACGCGUUUGAAAGCAGUCAAAAGUACAAAGAGGGAAAGUUCAUCAUCGAGCUGGCUCACAUGAUCAAGGACAACGGGUGGGAGUGACGCUCCGCCUCUCCGUUUGUUUUUCUUGUUUUUGUUGUUGUUUUUCUGACCUGGGAAUGCUCUUUAUCGAACUACAGGGGGAGGGCGCUCGUCCGGCCCUCCCUCCACCAGCCCCCACACUUUCCUAACAGUUAAAAAAAUCAAACACCUCCACCUUCCCGCCUUCUCCACGUGCACACGCACCCACCUGCUCAUUGUGAAAGUGAACAAACGGCGACCGCCGAGUGGAGCGACUCGUUGAAAAACGACGUCAUGUGAGUCCCGCCGUUACUUCCCCAGAGCUUUUGGGAUCGACCCCGCCCACUCUCAACCCGCCGCCGCCCCACCGAAACACGCUUACAAGUGAUUGUGGUGACGUGUCGACCACUAUGCGAAGGAAGAGAGAGACUUCACCGAGAGGACGUUUCUUUCUUUUCUUGAUGGUUAUUUUAAUGUUAUUUGCUUCAGUUUUAACGUCGGGUUUGGUAAAGAUUUGGUUUGGCAGCCGAUGGAUGUUACUGGUUAGCAUUAUAUUCCCUGUCAAGUCUGUGUUUAUUCAUUUUGUCGGCUUGGUGUAUCUCUGCCUCUAGCUGAGCAUGCUUUUCUUUGCUAAUGUCCAAAUGAGUAAUCAGGGAUGGGUGAGGAGCAGAGGGGGAAAGGGAGUUUAUCGUAGUUGCAAAUAUGUAGCAGCAUCUUGCUUUCUUUCUUUUUUUCUUUUUUAAAGAGGCAAAGAAUGAGUUUGCAGUAUUGUGGAAUUUUAUACCUGAUAUUUUUCUGUUUUUACCCUUUUUUUCGACUUUCUUUUUCCCUCUUUCUGGUACUUUUCAGCACCCAAAAGCAUUGAAAGCAGCACCUAGUAUUCGUUUGACAUAAAUGGGUAUAUAUAUACGUAUACAUAGAUCUAUAGAUACAUAUUUGUAGUGUUUGGCUAAUUGCGAUUGUGGCUGGUCCCAGUUUGCAGCAGUAGCACGAGUGAAAGACGAAAAAGGAGCAGAAAUGGUUAUUAGACUGGGGAUCCUUCCAUCAGUGCCCACACAUCAUAAAACACGAUGACAGAGUGUAUUAUCCCAUUGUCUGGUAAUGAAACAAUAAGAGACACACUUACAUAUGAAUAUAAAUACACAUACUAUGAUUACAUAUCCAUAAAUACUAUGAAAAUGUUCGUAGUACGUCGAUAUUGGAACAUGGUUUCUAUAUAUAUAUAUUUGCUGUCACGCACAUAUGUAUAUAUGCAUAUUACUGUGUGUAUAUAUGCAUUUUGUGUGUGUGGUCAUGCAUUAUACAGUGGCAUACUUGAACGACUUCGUUUGCACUUUGCAGAGGCGUUUGGUCCAUCGCGGUUUGGAGGCAAAAUGUUUGUUCGCUCUCGUUUCCCAAUGGCCUUCUCACAGAUGAACGACAGAUUGUUGGAGAUGGAAAGGAAGCUGGAGCAGGAGGGCUUUGUCGACUCUGGUAUGCUUAGCAGCUGCCUGUUAGAUACUUUGAGGAAAUUUGGUUUCAUUUUGUUUAAAUUCCGGGUUUCCUCUCACUUCUUCCACACCACAAAGUAGUUUCCAAUUUUUUGCUGCUAUCCUGGAAAUCCCGCCGCUUCGCCCCGUUCUUCUAGAUCUUUUGCACUUUACGUCCUUCUCUCUCUCUCGGAGCGUAUGAAUCGUCUCUUUGUGGACAGCAUCUGUGAUUUGCCUCCAAGCCGUAUGAAUCUUGUGCCUCUUCAAAACACGAACGGCCUCCCUCUACUUGUUUUCUUUUCUUUUUCCUUCUGUUGUGCAGUGCAUAACUCUGAAAACUUUCAUGUGAACCGAUGUGUCUUCCCCUUCCCUUCGCCCCCUUCCUGGUUCAAAGAAGUAGCCCUCAAAAUAACAUUUUUCACCAAAAUCCUCAGAGCUCUAUGGAUAACAGAGACUUGGUAUAUAUACACACAUAUAUUUUCUACGUUCAGAUUUAAAGGUGCAAAAACAGAUGGAUAUUCAGUAUAUUAUUUCUCAGAGUAAAGCAAAGAGGAGGAAGAGGUUGCCCGGGACUUGUUGGACUUUUUAAUCAGAGGGAUUAAAAAGAUGGCAGCAGGUGAUGGUGUGGGCAGGGUGGGACACGAUGGGAGAGAUUAAAAAAAAAAUCAAAAAAAAAAAAAUCAGCAGUGAUUGAUUACUUUGCCGGCAAGGUCAGUCAGAUCACACGACCUUUUAACCUAAAACUAUGACAAUGCAAACCCUUGAUAGUUAGCAGUGAUACCUACUUGAAAUAUAAAUACAUAAACAGCUAAGAUAUUGGCCCGUGUUACAGUUUUUGUACAUAAAGUAACAUAUUUAAGGUUUUAUACGUAUUUCUACUGGGUUAGUUCUUUUACUUCCCCUACUUGAAGCACUUUUGUUCACCGUACCUCUGGCUGUGUGGUGUCUGGCGUGUGCGCAUACAUGCAUGUGUGUUAAUCCACAUGCAUGCCUGCACACCAAAGCGAAUGUUUACCUUCUCUUCCUCAGUUUUCCCCUCUUUCCUUUUUGAGUUUUCCUGGUGUUUUUUUUCUUCCCUUUCACAGCUGUUUGGUUUCGCUGUCUCGCCCGCUGAUCUGCGAGGUUGACAGCCAGGUUAGUUUGUUUGGAAGUGAUUUAUCCCCCGUUUGGUUUGUUUGCUUUUUUUUCUGUUAGCUUGUUUAUUUAGCUUGUGUGGUAAGAGCCCAUUAGAGGGCCGGUGUUUAGGUCUCUGCUGAGCCAUGUAGACGUUGAGGGCGAGCUGGAAUCUCCCACCAUGUCGCAGGGAGAGCCUUUACCAAGACCCUUUGGCCACCACAGUCAGUGUCUCCUGUGCUGAGGGCUUUCAGGUGUAGAAAUGCACCCUGUGGCAGCUAUGUCGGAGGUCGUUAGUUUGCGGCAACACUGGCUGUGAAUAUCUGAUUGUAUUUUUUUGAACGUAUUCAUUCUCGUGGUGUUUUUCUUUUUUUGUGUAAAAGUGAACUGUUACUCCCCUUAUCUAUUUGAUCGAAUGGCUUGUUUUGAUGAUAAUAGCCUGUUUUAGUCACAUCUCAGUUCUGGUGCUGCAUCCUUUCGAUGUUUUGCAGGACACGCAGGGCCUGUCAAACGCAGGCAAGAAUUUGCAGGUCUGUCCAACAACUUAAUGCAUAGAGUGUUGAGCGCAGCUGCAAGAGUUAACCCCGUAGCAUCGUUUGGGCGUGUGCUCAGAGGUGCAACAAACUUCUAUGUCGUAUCAAACUUUUAAUGGCCUGUUUUUGAGUCCAAAUUCUAAAGUAUUGAAAGAUGAUGUGAAAGAUUUGAGGUCCUUCAGCCAGAACUAGCUUGUCUUUCCAUUUCCUGGUAACAAGCUGGAAAACUACAGACUGGAAGGCCAUCGGAUAAAACAGUCAUUGCAUUAAAGCCAUGUCUUCUUCCACAUGUCGUGAGAUUUGGUCAGUUUAAAGCUACAAACAUUAGAUGUUCGCAUGAAUGCAUCGUUAGAUGCUCGAAGGUUGCAGCUCCUGAACUAUGAUGAGCUUUUAUUAAAACAGCAAAGUCUGAUUGCAUUAACAUAACAAUGCCACAGCCCCUGCCUUUAGGUUGGUUUACCUCUGUGAACUUUCCACACACUCAGUCUCACAAGACCAGCACCGGUAGCAAAAUUUGGAAAGAAAUCUACCUUACAGGACUGUUUGUGUCUACCUGAAUCAUUACUGAAUGCACACACACAGUUGUACGAUUUCCCUCUGCUACAUGCACACAGCCAGUUUCUCUUGAGGACCUCCACAUGGCAGCAGCAGCAGUUUCUGGGAGCGACCCGACUGCAGAGCCUCUGUACUCUACCCUUCGAUAAGUCAGUCAAAAUUGAACCAACAAAAAGCAGCUGCCAGUGUCACCGCCAGUGCGUACCAAAUAAAGACCCAGGCUCUAUCGAAUGCAUCAGUGUCAUGUGUCAGCGGGCAGGAACGAAGCCAGGGGCCACGGUCGAUGGGCCCCUGGAGAUUCGACUGCGAUACCAAAAUCAAAGAGUAGAAAACCUGUCACCUAUGACAUUGUCUUUCUGUAGAAUGUUUUGAUUCUCUGAAAUACAGCGUCAAAGCAGCCUGGAUGAAAAAUGUAGAUAUUUGCUGCUGAAAACUGUUUACUUUUUAUUGUUGUUCUGUUGUUAUCGUGGCACUGGCUACCUACUUUUUGCGCUCUGUUACUGUCUAAACAGGAUGUUGAUCAAAGGCUAGAUGGGUAUACGGGGAAAAGACUGUACAAGUUCUUUUCUUAGGACUGUUAAACUACAGUUUGAGGUCUAAAAGCAUGUUGUAUUUAUGAUGUCGUGCCUGUUUUUUGUUUUUUUCUUCCUAAAUUUAAAAGCAAAUAUUCUGCUUUUUAUUUGACUACAUUGCUUUGCAUUCUGUCUUAUUAAAGCCAUGUCACAUGUCUGUUUUCACUCUAAUGUAAACUAUCAGAUAUCACAAUAAAAUUUUCAAUGGCAUUAAGUCUCAGUUUGUCAGAAGGUGUCAUUAUUUUUACAUUUUAAAUUUCAUAUGCCAUUUUCCGUAGCACAUUAACUUUUUCUGAAUGUGUGCAAGUAAGACAGCUUUUUGUAUAUUAAAUUUUUAAACAUAUACAAUCUAAAGAUUAUGCAACUUUUAUUAUUUAUAUUUUGAAAUGUAAAGAGUAAGCAACCAAGUGCUACUAAUGAAAUCAGUUGAUUAAUUAAUUAUUAAUCAGAAUGACCACCUCCAUAAACGUCAUAAACAUCAGCCAUGAGAGAAGCAACUGUUGCCACUUUCAAGGAACUGAAGCCCAUCAUUCUACAGUUUUUCAGAACAAUCUCCCCCGGAGUCGAUGUUCCCACAAAUUCAUCCCAAGGUCAGACCAUACA